UUCUUUCGUAUUCCAUCCGUCCCGUUUGCCGUGUGGUGUGGAUGGGGUUGCAGGCCGGCAAAGAGGAGAGGAACAGAGGCGGAGGCACGCCAACGGCAGGAGGGCAAUAAAUUCAGUUCCGCCGGCCGGCCGGCCGGCGGAAGACAGCAGCUUCCAAUUCCAUUCCAUGGCGGUGGCCUUGCUGCUGCUGGGCUUCCUCCUCGGCGUCCUCUCCCUGGCCAUCGCCGAGGGGGCAGCGCUCCUCUGGGCCAUCCGCAACCUCACGCGCCGCCCGUCGCGGCCGUCGAGGGACACAGCGACAAUCCCCGUACACCCGCCGCCGCCGGAGCUCAAGCGACAGGGUGUUUUGUGGAUGUUAGGGCAAGAGAAGAUGCCCAAAGUCAUCACCACCAAUCGCCCAUCGAAUGGCGCCCGCCAGGGGAUCAAAGAGAAGAAAACUAUCGUGGAGGUCUUCCCUGUAAAAACGUUGGCUCAACUUGAAGGCCGCUCACUUACCUUGUCUGCACCUGAUGGUUCUCAGCAAACUAUUCACCUGCUCAAUUGUACAGUUGUUGCUGUCUCUGCAUCAAAUCUACCCUCACGUAAAUGGGCCAAGAGGUAUCCAAUCAAACUGGAAAGCAAGGAAUCUGAGAUUUGCAGGGGGAGCAAGGUAUGCUAUCUAUAUGCAGACACCUCUUGGGAAAAGGAAUCAUGGUGUAAAGCACUUCGUCUUGCAUCUACUACAGACAAAGACAAACUCGAAUUCCAUGCCAUGUUGACUCAAGAGUUCCGCGGUUACGUAUCAUCUUUGAAUGCUGGUUACCCUUGUUUUCUUAAACCCUCAACGCUCUCCGGUCAGGAACAUGUGCUUGGGGACAACAUUGUCAAGACUGAUGGAUCCUCAAAAGUCAGAAGUUUUCUAAAAAGGUUGUCAAAGAAGUCAACUAUAAAGGCUUCUCCGGAGAGUAAAACAAAUCUGGUGCCAUCUAAACAGGAUAUAAAACAACCCAGUACACCUAGUUCUUCUGCGAGUUCCAACAGCCAGCUAUCUGAUUCCCCACAUACAAAUGUGGAAGAAAAGCUAGCAAAUGACGGUACACUUUGUUGGAACCUCCUAUUCUCUCGGUUGUUUUUUGAUGCUAAAAUGAAUGAUGAGGUUAACAAGGCCAUCAAAGCACGCAUUCAGCGAACAUUAUCAAACACGAGAACUCCAGCCUACAUUGGUGAAAUUACACUUGCUGGCCUCAGUCUUGGAAAGCUUCCACCAUAUCUGCACAGAAUGAGAGUCCUCCCACUGGAUUUAAAUGAGAUGUGGGCUUUUGAGGUAGAUUUUGAAUAUUCUAGUGGAAUGCUUCUGCAUAUUGAAACAAGACUCGAGAUUCCGGAGCCAGAGUUGGAAAAGGACAUAAUGAGUACUAGUCUUCAAGAUGAUUCUAAUGGGGACAUGGGUUCGGAUGUCCUUGAUAGCAUUGAGCAAUAUGGUAACCAACUCAGGUCUUCAGAAGUUUUGGAUUCUGUAAUGAAGGAUAAUGAUGAAGCAGAUGCAUUAAGGAAGUCGAAGAGCACUGGAUGGACAUCAACAUAUAUGUCAAGGUGGAAAAGAAUCUUGCAUUCAAUUGCUGACCAGGUCUCACAGGUGCCAUUAUCUUUAGCAAUUAAAAUUUCAUGUGUUCGUGGGACAAUGCGCGUACAUAUGAAGCCUCCUCCGAGUGAUCGCAUCUGGUAUGGGUUUACAUCCAUGCCGGAAAUAGAAUGGGAGUUGGAAUCAUCAGUCGGGGACAGGAAGAUCACCAACAACCAUAUUGCCUCACUUAUCAGCAACAGAAUCAAGGCUUCGCUUCAACAGAGCUUGGUCCUGCCCAACUGUGAAAGUAUUCCAAUCUCGUGGAUGUUAUCUGAUACGGAUGACUGGGUGCCUCGCAAAAUUGCACCUUUUAUAUGGCUCAACCGUGAGCCACCCACUGAGACUACUGCAAGGCCCACUGCAGGCACGACUAGAGAGCUGCCUGGGGGAGCUUCAGUGUCGAGGGCCAUUGCAAAGAACAAGUCAAGUCCGCCUACUUCUUCAACGAGAAGCAAGACUGAAUCACCCAAGAAGACAAAGGUAUGUGUUGAUGGGUCACAGCAAGCAGAAGCAUCAACGAGUUGGCUGUCCCGGCUGGUUGCAGCAAGUGAAGCACCUCUGCAGUCUAGCGAGGAUGCGACAAGGGAUCUGCUCAGGAUACCACUGAUGAGCAGCAGCAGAGAUGACAGAGCAGUGGUGGUGGUAGCAGGGACCUCUGCCAGUGAGGAGGCUGAGGAUGUGAAGAGAAAGCGCGGCGGUCGGCGUGCUCGGGUGAUGGAUCUGGGGAGGAGGAUGGGGGGCAAGCUGGAGGAGAAGGGAAAGCAUAUUGUCGGGAAGAUGAGGGAGAAUGCAAAGAGCAACAGCCUGCUCCUGCCGGACUUGGAGCAGGCCACCACCCCUGCGCCUGCUUCUACUACUAGUUAGCCAGUUAGGAUGUUUGAGAACUGAGACGACAACAGUUACUCAACAGAAAUGAGAAUUCCUCAUUUUAUAGUGCCCCGGCAACAGCUCCUGCAAAUUGAAAUGAUACGGGAGACUGUUUGCAAUUGUAUGUACAAAAAGCUUAUGAAUGUUACCACACAGCUAAAGCUAGGUGUGCAGUGUUCACCUGACUAGAUAGAUAGAUGAGUACUCCCGAUAGAUAUAUGCAUCUUGUCAUCACUAAAUAAAUAUCACGAGCAGGUACACUUGACAGUCC